UAGGUAUGUUUGUUAGUCACGUGACCAAGCACUUGCACGUUUUACCAUGGAACAGGUGGAAAUACGUCGUUUAAAACUUGAGCUAGAGGCCAAGGACAAAGAAAUUGAAAGACUGAGAGCAGCGAUAGAAGAGCAGGCUGAUUUUGAAACAGUGACUGAGGUCAGUGGUCCAUCAACAGCAACAAGCAAAAGAAUUGUUGAGCUGACAAAAGAAGGUAUCGCUCGCUACAGCAGGCAGCUCAUUCUCCCUGAGAUAGGUGUUCAAGGUCAGUUGAGAUUACAGAGGUCCUCUGUUCUGAUUGUUGGGGCCGGAGGUUUGGGGUGUCCUGCUGCAAUCUACCUGGCGGCAGCAGGGAUAGGUAAGCUGGGUGUCAUAGACUACGACGAGGUGGAGCUGAGUAACCUGCAUCGUCAGGUGCUACACACAGAGGACAGAGUGGGUGUUGCCAAAUCAGCGUCGGCCACACAUGCUUGCAAGAGGCUGAACUCUUCAGUACAUUACAUCCCGUAUCGCCUUCAGUUGGACAGCUCCAAUGCCCUGGCCAUCAUCUCACAGUAUGAUGUUGUGCUGGAUGCUAGUGACAAUGUGGCGACCCGCUACCUUCUGAACGAUGCCUGUGUGCUGGCAGGGAAACCCCUGGUGUCGGGCAGCGCCCUCAGGUUUGAGGGGCAGCUGACCGUGUACAACCACCGAGGGGGCCCCUGCUACCGAUGCCUGUUCCCCAAACCUCCGCCGCCCGAAACAGUCACCAACUGCUCCGAGGGUGGUGUGCUGGGAGUAGUUCCUGGGAUCAUUGGGUGUCUGCAAGCCCUGGAGACUGUCAAGAUCGUGGCCGACAUCGGCACUAGUUCCAGCCAGCGCCUGCUGCUGUUUGAUGCCCUGGAUGGGAUGUUCCGCACCAUCAAGCUCCGUCCCCGGCAGUCCAAGUGUCCUGUGUGUGGAGACAACCCCUCCAUCACCCAGCUCAUGGACUAUGAACAGUUCUGUGGGGCCCGAGCUACUGACAAGGAACAUGCUCUAACAGUGUUAGAUGACUCCGAGAGAAUAUCCCCAAAGGUUUACCAAGAGAUGAUGGUGAAGGGGUCACCCCACAUUCUGGUGGACGUACGGACAGAGGUGGAGAUGGGCAUCUGUCAGCUACCACACCCUUCAGUCAAUAUACCAAUAUCUUCAAUAGACAAAGCUGAUUGUGUAGAGAGGUUGAAAUCAACAGUAAAGAAACAACCAACAGGUGGCAACAGCCCAGUAUCGGUUGUGCUGGUGUGUCGUCGAGGUAACGACUCUCAGAAUGCAGUCAGGUCCCUUCAACAUUCCUUGUCAGACUGUAAUGUGACACUAAAGGACAUCCGUGGAGGUCUGCAUGCCUGGGCCAGGCAGGUGGACAAGAACUUCCCUGUCUACUGAAGGACGUCCAUGGAGGUCUGGCCAGACAGGUGGACAAGGACUUCCCUGUCUACUGAAGGAUGUCCAUGGACGCCUGGGCCAGACAGGUGGACAAGGACUUCCCUGUCUACAGAAGGAUGUCCAUGGAGGUCUGGCCAGACAGGUGGACAAGGACUUCCCUGUCUACAGAAGGAUGUCCAUGGAGGUCUGGCCAGACAGGUGGACAAGGACUUCCCUGUCUACUGAAGGACGUCCAUGGACGCCUGGGCCAGACAGGUGGACAAGGACUUUCCUGUUUACUGAAGGAUAUGCAUGGAGGUCUACAUGCCUGGGCCAAACAGGGGGACAAGACCUGUGUUGGUCACUGAAGGACACUUGUAAUGUAACACCCCUGUACAAGUACUACAAUCCAUAGUGUGGUUGCAGGAGCACUUUGUAUCAUAAAGAUGUCAUUUGGGUUUGAUGCACAUUAAGUUUUCAGUAACCAGAAUAUAAUUAUCAGUUACCUACACGAGGCAAUCUGGAGGAGGCUAGCCAUUGGUUGACAGUGUGAGAACAUUGUUUUAUCCCUUACAGGUCUGGUCACCACUGGCAAUAUUCACUCACUCAGAAGUAUGUAUUGGGGCAGGGUAGAUCUGAAUUAGAACAAUUUCAUUAUUUUAUGUAUAGGUCAUUUUAUUUACACAUCCAUGAACAAAUAAGCAACUGUUAAUUUUCUGA